AUCGCUUCCAGUUCAUAUCUAUCCGUUCUCUCUCCAUAACAAACACCCGAAACGCCAGGUUAUAAGGCGGGGAGUUAAAAAACCAAAGCCUAUUCAAACGAGGAGCAAAAGGCUACUCUCGGAGCCGGGGUUGAACCGGAGCGGCGGGCGGCCGGCCGGCCUCGCAUCUUCGCCGGAGGAAAACAAAAUUAAAGUUCCUCGCGUAGGCACAGAUGGCCGACCCGUCAGCAUCAUCGGUGCCGCCGGUUGUCACCAUGGGAUCCGUGGUCACUGUGGCCUCGCCGCCCACGGGUGGUGGAUCGACGGUCUCUGCAGGUAUCACAGGCGGCGGCAAAGGCGGGCCGUGCGCAGGGUGCAAAUACCUGCGGCGCAAGUGCCAGCCGGACUGCAUAUUUGCGCCCUAUUUCCCGCCCGACAACCUAGACAAGUUCGCGUACGUGCACCGCGUCUUCGGCACCAGCAACGUGAUCAAGAUUCUCAACAACCUCCAGCCCUACCAGCGCCAGUACGCCGUCAAUUCGCUCGUUUACGAGGCGGAAAUGCGUAUCCGCGACCCCAUCUACGGCUGCGUCGGCGUCGUCUCCAUGCUUCAGCACCGCCUCAUACGGCUCAAGAAGGCGCUCGAGAGCGCCAGCUUAGAGCUGUCCAACUACCAGGCGGCUGAAGCCGCGGCGGCCUCUGUGGCCGUGGGACCCCAUGGUGUGGCAGCAGCUGGGAUGGCAGACUUCGUAGGCAACGCAGUGCCCAAUUGCACACAAAACAUUAUCAAUGCCGGGUACUCCACGAUGGCGUCGAUCACCGGAGCUGGGCCGUUCAUGCAGCAAGACAACUUUGCCUCCGUGCAGAUGCUGGCCAUGAGCUUCGAGGGUGAGAAUGGAGCUGCGGCGAGGGUGGGCAUGAACGGAGGUGGAGGCUAUGGCUUCGCCUACUCGCCGGCCAUGGGCGUCGGGCACGGUGUAGUGUCUGGUCAUGUGCAGCAGCAGCAGAUCAACGGUGGACAGUUCUUGAAAAACAGCACGACGGGCGGGGAUUACCGGCCCACUAUGUGAUCUUUAUCAGUUGCAGGCGGGAUGACCGGCCGUGUCCUUUCGGCCGGAGGAGGGAUGGUGGUGGAGGCGACUAUAUGCACAUGAGGUGACGCGAAGAAACAGCAGCUACACUAGAGGUUGAAGGCUACGAUCCAGCUAUUUCAGCAGUUAAAUGCAGCAGGGGCAGCUCUACGCCUCUAAGCUAGUCAAUUACUCGAGGAUGUCAGAAGGUAUUUUGCAGAGCGAGGGUGACUGGACACAAAACAACGAUAACUCCCAAUGCAAGAAUGCCGUCGUACGUACGUACGUGUAGUGUACCAGCUGACAUUCAAUGCUCCCGCCAAAUGGAGCUACUACUAGUCUACUACUCUCGCUGCAUUCAUUCA